AUGUCCACUAGAAUCAACUUUUACGGUUUCCCCCAACCCGUUAACGGACCUAGCCCCUCGGGCUACUGCCAAAAGCUCGAAACCUUCCUCCGCGCAACCGGUUUCACCGAUUAUACGCUUCAUACUGUGCAACCCAUAUCGGCACCUAAAGGGAAACUCCCGUACAUAGAGCUCUUUAAAGACGGCGGGAAAACGGAUACCAUUGCAGACUCCCACUUUAUCGUCAGGGAGCUUAUCGAGAAGGGUGUGGUCCCUGAUCCAGACAGUCGGCUCACUGCCGCACAACGUGCAGACACAAGAGCGUGGCAGGCAUGGACGGAGGAGCUGCUGUAUCCAGUGGUUGUGUACCAGCGGUGGUGCAUACCUACCAACUUUUAUGCCUCCCGAUCUAUCCUUCCAGGCCCGUGGCCACUACAAUGGCUAUUCGGGUUCUACCUUAAGCGGAAUAUCACCAACGCGAUGUGGGCGAAUGGUUUCGGCCGGCAUUCUGAUGAGGAGCGGGAGCGACUGGUACGGGAGUGGGCCGAAGGUCUUGAGGCGAGGUUAGAAGGGACCGAAUUCUUCCAUGGGAGUGAACCGACGUUGAUUGAUAUGAUCCUUUGUGGGUUCCUCCAAAAUGCGAUCGGGCAGCCAGGAAAUCCAGAGCUUUUGAAACUCGUAUUGGGGAGUGAGAGGUUGAAAAAGUAUACAGCAGUGUUAACGAGGAAAUGGUUUCCAGAGUACGAGGGGGUGUUGGAGGUGGUCAUAUGUUUGUGUAAAUAA